AUGGAUGCAGCGAAAAUACACUUGGAAAUAAAUGCCGGAAAAUGCAUUUAUGAUGGAAAGACAGUAAAGCCGGAUAAACGAAAGGGAAAAUUAGUUCUUUAUAAAAUAUGCGACAAUUUAUACAACUUCCAGUGGAUCAAUAGGGAAAAUAAUAAAGUUGAGGACAAUUUGAUAUUAACAAAAAGUAUAUCCCUGGAAAAAGUUGAUCAGUGCAAAACUGGAAGAGUAUAUCUACUGAGGAAUAAAUUGAGAGGUGAAGUAUCAUUUUACUGGAUGCAAGACUAUGAUGAUUCGAAGGAUGAAUUAUUUGUGAGAAAAUUCAAUUCAAUCAUAGCAAACGAUUUAGCCAAGGAUAUUGGUAGCAAAAGGAGAUAUAACCAAAGUGACUAUACUUCUGGUUUGUCGGAUUUGCUAUUUGCACACAAUAGAAACUUGCAGAAUAUAGAAACAAAGACAGCCGUAUCUUUUAAGGACCUGUUUGUGAGUGAAUAUUUUUCCAAAUUACUGGAAGUUCCGGAAGCCUAUGAAGAAUUGAAAACACAUAUGCCAGUAGGAUAUCAAAACAAAUAUGACAUCAUGGAUUUAAUCAAUAGUAGAUCCUUGAACUCAAAUUUGAAGUCACUUGAUAUGUCUCUAUCUUCACAUUUGAAUUUUAUUUUAAUGUCCCUCAAUUUAUCUCCUCCAGAGGACAACAUAGCGGAUCCAAUGGAAUACCUAAUUGAAUCAUUGGAAAAUAAAUACAAAAAGGAAGAAAACAACUGA